UGUCUCCCCCCCUCCCCUGUGUGGCGUUGCCCCAUCGCGUCCGCCCGUCGAGAUUGUUCGGAUAGCGUCGCCCCUCGCUCGGCCUUCACACUGCGGGGGAGGCGACACGGACGGCACAACGGGUUCCCCGCCUUUAUAAGGACUUUGCUGCCGCUGCCAGUCAACUCCCGUCGGCUUGUCUUUUCUUGCGCAGUCUCCCUCUUCUCCUCUAUUUCUACAUCGCCUCCUCCUCCUCGUGCCCUCAUCAGACUCCUUGCUACUGUAAUUCGAUACCCACCGAGACGAAGCCACCAUGUCUUUGACCGUCGAGCUCAAGACCCCGGCUACGGGCGCCUACCAGCAGCCCAUCGGCCUGUUCAUCAACAACGAAUGGGUUGAGGGUGUCGACAAGAAGAAGUUCGAGGUCAUCAACCCCUCUACCGAGGAGGUCAUCACCUCCGUCUGCGAGGCCACCGAGAAGGAUGUCGACCUGGCCGUCGCCGCCGCCCGCAAGGCCUUCGAGACCACCUGGCGCCAGGUCACUCCCCAGGAGCGCGGCCGCCUGAUGCUCAAGCUCGCCGACCUCGUCGAGAAGAACCUCGACCUGCUCGCCGCCGUCGAGUCCCUCGACAACGGCAAGUCCAUCACCAUGGCCAAGGGCGACGUCGGCGCCGUCGCCGGCUGCAUCCGCUACUAUGGUGGCUGGGCCGACAAGUUGGAGGGCAAGACCCUCGACAUUGCCCCUGACAUGUUCCACUACACCCGCGAGGAGCCCAUUGGUGUCUGCGGCCAGAUCAUCCCCUGGAACUUCCCCCUGCUUAUGCUCUCCUGGAAGAUCGGCCCGGCCCUGGCUACCGGCAACACCAUCGUCAUGAAGACGGCUGAGCAGACGCCUCUGUCUGGUCUCGUCUUUGCCAACCUCAUCAAGGAGGCCGGCUUCCCCCCCGGCGUCUUCAACCUCCUCUCCGGCUUCGGCAAGGUCGCCGGUGCCGCCAUCUCCUCCCACAUGGAUAUCGACAAGGUCGCUUUCACCGGUUCCACCGUUGUCGGCCGCACCAUCAUGAAGGCCGCCGCCGCCUCCAACCUCAAGAAGGUCACCCUCGAGCUUGGCGGCAAGUCCCCCAACAUCGUCUUCGCCGACGCCGAUAUCGAGCAGACCAUCUCCUGGGUCAACUUCGGCAUCUACUUCAACCACGGCCAGUGCUGCUGUGCCGGCACCCGUAUCUUCGUCCACGAGAGCAUCUACGACAAGUUUCUCGAGGCCUUCAAGAAGCGCGCCCAGGCGAACAAGGUCGGCGAUCCCUUCCAGGCCGAUACCUUCCAGGGCCCCCAAGUCAGUCAGCUGCAGUACGACCGCAUCAUGGGCUACAUCAAGUCUGGCAAGGAGGAGGGUGCCACCGUGGAGAUUGGCGGUGAGCGCCAUGGCGACAAGGGCUACUUCAUCCAGCCUACCAUCUUCUCCAAUGUCCGCCCAGACAUGAAGAUCAUGCAGGAGGAGAUCUUUGGUCCCGUCUGCGCCAUUUCCAAGUUCAAGGACGAGGAUGAGGUCGUUGCCCUCGGCAACAACACCUCGUACGGCCUUGCCGCUGCUGUCCAUACUCGGGACCUCAACACUGCCAUUCGCGUCAGUAACGCCCUGAAGGCCGGCACUGUCUGGGUCAACUGCUACAACCUUCUGAACCACGCUCUUCCUUUCGGCGGUUUUAAGGAAUCUGGGCUUGGUCGAGAACUAGGCCAAGCCGCGCUAUCUGAGUAUACCCAGCAUAAAUCUGUUGCUAUCCGGCUCGGAGGCCCCUUGUUUGGCUAAAAAUUGAGUAUAUUUAGCGUAAGAAGCUUUUUAGUAUAAGGGGCUUUUACUAUUGUAAUUUAUCGUUCUGAAAAGCUGAAAAAGCUUAGGGAGGUGCAAAUGAAUGAACUUAAAACCUCUUUUAACAUAUGGGCGGCUAGAGUAAUACUCGAUGAUUCAGGCGCUGGUUGCGGUGGUUGCAAAAGGCUGACGGUGGCUACCGCGUUACGGUCUGUUGGUUGGGCUCACUGCUCUCGAAGCGGGAGGUCGUCGCCAAAUUGCAAUUGAGGCUCAAGCGGCCCAGGCCCGGACCCGCUUCAUUCAACGGUUUGCGGCAUGGGGUCGCUCCUUCCCAGUCUUGCGAUACGCAGUGGCGCCUGCCACGGGUUCGCCUGCUUUCCAACUCCGAACCCGGUCGCAGCAUGCGGGCCGAUGAGUGCCACGAACAUCGCAAUGGCUUCGGGGUCGUGCCAGUUUCGAAUUUCCUCUACGCAG